AUGAUUCUGUUCACAGCAUUUCAGGCAACCGGCUUAGUCGAACAAAGUGUACUUGAAGGUGUCAAGAAUGAAACAACCAAUGGAAAUGAUUUUCAGGGCAGUGGCUACAUUAGUCUUGCUAUUGUCUACGUGUGUGCAACGAUAGCCAAUAUCUUGGCUCCCGCAUUUGUCUUCAUCUUUGGAGCACCUGUGUCUAUGUUCAUUGGCGCAUCUACCUAUUUCUUCUAUGUUUUUUCAUUUUUAUUACCGAUGACCUGGUCAUUCUAUCUUACAUCUAUUUUACUUGGUUUUGGUGCAGCGAUACUUUGGACGGCAGAAGGUGCCUACUUGGCAACCAAUUCCGACGAGCACACCACUAGUCGGAAUACUGGUAUCUUUUGGGCAUUGUUUCAAUCCAGUCUUCUUGGUGGCAAUCUCUAUGUUUAUUUGUCGCUCAAAGCUGACGUCAUUACCCGAUCAACUCGAUAUCCACUCUUCACUGUCUUCUCAGUGGUAUGUGCCAUUGCUCUUGCGAUAUAUGCAUAUAUUAUCUGGCGAUGGCUAAUCGAACGACGCCAACAACAAUUACAACUAGAGCCUGUUAAAAGAAAAACAGCUCUAAGUGAUGUCGUUGAAACGUUGAAUAUUGCCGUAAGACUGUUAAGAACACGAAAUAUGCUUCUGCUGUUAAUUCCAUUCGCCUAUACAGGUUUCUCACAAACAUUCUUUCAAACAGUCUAUGCCACUUGCAUUGGACACUCAAUCAAAUAUGGAAAUACUCGAAAACGACUCAUUGGUUUGCAUGGUGUACUUUUGGGCAUUGGCGAAAUAGUAGGCGGUGGAUUGUUUGGAUUUGUUACCAAACCGAAAACAUCAUCUCAAUGUGCUCUAGUAAUUUUGAUUGGAUUCUUUCUACAAAUUGUAUUUUAUUAUUCUGCCUGGAUCAACUUUCCUGCCGAUGCACCAGCACGUGAAACUAAUAUUGAAUCAUAUUUUCAAUUUAGCUCAUCAUCAAGUCAAAUUAUCGCUUUCGUCGGUUCUUUUGUGGUGGGACUUGGUGAUAGUGCAUUAAAUACACAGUUGUUCAGUGUAUUGGCUAGUCGAUUUAAAAGCACAAGUGCAUCAGCUUUUGCUCUUUUUCAACUUGUUCAGGGCAUAGCCGCAGCGAUAUCCUUUUUCUAUGCUGGCUCGUUGGAUCUACAAUAUCAACUGCUCAUUGUCGUUGUUUUCCUCGUCCUAAAUGCACUUACCUUCUUUGGUGUCUUGUUUGGCGAGAUCACAUCUCAAUCAUUAAAAGAUGAAUGCGAACAGGAAAAUGAAGUUUCUCCAUUGCUAACUACAUAA